ACUCGUUAUAUUAUUCUUCUUCUCUCGUCUUAAAUAAUUAAAGACUUAAAAAGUAUUAUUUUUUGCCCCAAACAAAUUUCUCUGAAACUAAGAAAACUCGGAACAGAGAAUCCGGAUGCUUUUCUCUGAUUCUUCUACUCUUUCCUAAAUUUUCUCGGGAAAUCCCAAAAACUUUUUUUUUUUUUUUUUUUUUUCUGAGUGAAAUAAAAAACCUUUUCGAUCUGAAGUCAAAACUCAAGAUUCUUGAAAAAUUUGGAAGCUCAAAGAAGAAGAAAGAGUUAGUUAGAUCAGGAAAGGUCUCUGGUUUGAUCUUUGUAGUACACGUGGCGAAAUGGGUUGGACUUGGACUUUGGAGUUGUAUUGUUGUUGAUGAUGUUCCUCCAAGUCCCCGAUUUCUUGUAAUAAACAUUCUUUUAAAGAUACUCAGAUCCGUUUAACUGAGAGGAAGAAGAAAAGGAAAAAAUGAUGAAGAUGAUGAGAAACAAACCGACAAAUCUUCCGGCGGCGGCGACGGCGACUAAUGGCGGCAGAGGUUCCGGUGGCGGCGGCAGGGAGUCAGGCGGUCAUGAGUGGGAAAUGAGACCUGGUGGUAUGUUGGUUCAGAAACGUAACCCGGAUUUGGAUCCUGUUGGACCUCCACCACCGCCUAUGAUCAGAGUCAGAAUCAAGUACGGUUCCGUCUACCAUGAGAUCAGUAUUAGUCCUCAAGCUUCAUUUGGGGAGUUAAAGAAGAUGUUGAGUGGACCAACGGGUAUACAUCAUCAAGAUCAGAAGCUUAUGUAUAAAGAUAAAGAGAGGGAUUCAAAGGCGUUUCUUGAUGUUUCGGGAGUUAAAGAUAAAUCCAAGAUGGUGCUUAUCGAAGACCCUAUUAGCCAAGAGAAACGGUUUUUGGAGAUGAGGAAGAUCGCCAAAACCGAAAAGGCGUCUAAAGCGAUUUCUGAUAUUAGUCUUGAUGUUGAUAGGCUUGGCGGACGGGUUUCGGCGUUUGAGAUGGUUAUUAAGAAGGGAGGGAAGAUUGCGGAGAAAGAUCUUGUAACGGUGAUUGAGUUGUUGAUGAAUGAGUUGAUUAAGUUGGAUGGUAUUGUGGCUGAAGGUGAUGUGAAGUUACAAAGAAAGAUGCAGGUGAAGAGAGUGCAGAAUUAUGUUGAAACACUCGAUGUGUUGAAGGUGAAAAACUCCAUAGCUAAUGGACAGCAGAAACAGUCAGGUGCUCCUAAGCGACUUGCACCGAUUCAAGAACAUAAUAAUGAAGAGAAGCAAGAACAGAAACCGGUACAGUCUCUCAUGGACAUGCCUAUACAAUACAAGGAGAAGAAACAAGAGAUACAAGAGGAGCCAAGGGACUCAGGAUCAGCUCCAUUUGUGGUAGAAGAUUCUUCUACUAAAUGGGAAACAUUUGAUCAUCAUCCCUCUACACCAUUGAGCUCGACUACUGCAAAUAAUCACACGGUCCCGCCCAGGUUCAAUUGGGAAUUCUUUGAUUGAAAAAAGGUUUCUCAUUUUGUGAAAUCUUUUUCUUUCUUUUACUAUAUAAUUCUUGUGUGGAGGUGUUGUUGUUGUUUUUGUUUUUUUUUUUUUUUCAGGCUUCUUCAUCAUGAUUAUGAUUCUUUUGAUGUACUUAGAUUUUUGUGUGGCGUUUGUUUAUUGUACUGGGAAAUAAACAGAGACGCUACAGAGAAGUGAUUAUGAAAAAAAAUCUGUGAUUCAUGUGUGUUUCACUUUCUUCUUCUA